CUCUGGGUGACUCUCUAGGAGACACGAUGCUACAGUCCGUUCUGGCUCUCUGCCUCUUCCUGAUCACAGUUUCUUCCAACCUUGCCAUUGCUAUCAAAAAAGAAAAGAGACCUCCUCAGACGCUCUCUAGAGGGUGGGGAGAUGACAUCACCUGGGUACAAACUUAUGAAGAAGGUCUCUUUCAUGCUCACAAAAGUAACAAGCCAUUGAUGGUGAUUCACCACCUGGAGGACUGUCAAUACUGUCAAGCACUUAAAAAGGAAUUUUCCAAAAAUGAAGAAAUACAAGAAAUGGCUCAGAAUGACUUCAUCAUGUUGAAUCUCAUGCAUGAAACCACGGACAAGAACUUGUCACCGGAUGGGCAGUAUGUGCCGAGGAUCAUGUUUGUUGACCCUUCCUUGACGGUCAGGGCUGACAUAACUGGAAGAUACUCCAACAGACUAUACACAUAUGAACCCCAGGAUUUACCCAUGUUAAUAGACAACAUGAAGAGAGCACUAAGACUUAUCCAGUCAGAGUUGUAAGGAAUGAUGGAAAGAUGCUUCAACGCUAAAAGGUCAAAUGUGUGACAUAAACAUCUGGCUCACUAACAAACACCAAAUGUGCAAGUUCAUGGAUUUGUUAACAUCAUUAUUUAGACUUAUGACAUGUCUAUGAUAAUUUAUGACACUAAAAUUAUAUUUUAAUAAAUGUUUAGCUGCAUGGUGAUGCUAGAGUCCAAUGUUUACCUAUAUCUCUAGCAAAGAUGGUUUGCCAUGAUCUCAGAGUUGCUAUGCUUUGCAUAUGAAAUGUCCUCACUGCCUCAUGUCUUGAAGGGUUGGUUCUCAGAAAGUAAAGUUCUGGAGACUUUAGAAGGCAGGGUCUAGCUAGAGGUCAUAGGUCAUGAUGGGUAGCUCACUGAGGGCAUCUGGUCUCUGCUACCUUCUUAUCUUACUCUUUACUUCCU